CUUCACGUGAAACUUUUUUUCAGCCAAUGUACAUUGACAUUUUUACGUAUAAAUACAGAUUCUACAGAAAUUUUCUGAUCUCUGAAUAUUCCAUUAAAUGUCGAAUUCUGAGACAAACCCAUUUCGCUUUUCCUUUUCAUCCACAAAUCCCUUUUGCCGCUUAUUCAGGUUAAGGUUUCAAUUACCAGAAUUGGCUCCAUAGCAAAUUGUCUCCAGGCUUCUAAUGAGAAUUGAGGAAGAAUAAUGAGACAUUGUCUUAACAAUGGUUGAUAUCAGUGUUUCAUUAUUGAGGUUGCUGAACAGUUGGUAUUAUUUUGGUUCCUAUAUCUUUGCAUGGUUGGUUACCGGAUCUCUUGGACUCUUGGCAGUCAUAUAUGUUUUUCUUAAAUGGCAACGGAAGACAUCUCUCAAUUGGGUUAAAGCUGCUGCUGUAGCAAAGAAGCAAGUGUGGGAGAAGCUGAAGGUUCCCUUAUCCCAUCAUACAUGGAUUGAAGAUUUUGCUUAUGGUGUACAGCCUUCCACAUGCAGCGUGUGCCUCACAUCACUCGUUUCUCCGCAUACCUUAGGUACAAAAGCUGCAUCACGAUUUCCAGUUCAUCGUUGCGCUAUUUGUGGUGUCGCAGCCCAUUUUCGUUGUUCUCAGUUUGCCACAAAGGAUUGCAAGUGUGUUGCACAGGCUGGUUUAAGCCAUGUCCGGCACCAUUGGUCUGAAAGAUGGACCGACUUGGAUGAGAAUCCUGAGAUGUCUGCCUUUUGUUUCUACUGUGAUGAACCUUGUGGUGUGCCUUCCCUUGAUGCAUCUCCAACUUGGUAUUGUUUAUGGUGUCAACGAUUGAUACAUGUCAAAUGCCAUGCCAAGAUGUCUGAAGAAUCUGGUGAUAUUUGUGAUCUGGGUCCUCUCAGAAGGCUUAUUCUUUCUCCACUCUAUGUUAAAGAUGUAGAAGCUGAAACUAAAGAUGGUGCAAUCUUAAGUUCUCUGGCAGGUAAAAUGAAUACCAAUGGGCACAUCAGACGAAAGCGUCAUCGGAACAAACAUGGAAAUGACCUCAUAAAUGGUAAAGCGCAAGGCAGUUGUGCUGCAAAAAGAGCUUUGGAAUAUGUGAUUAGAUCCCUGGUGGCUUUGAAGCUUUCCAACAAUGAGAAGAAUAACGGCUACUCUAUAAAAUGUAACAAGCUGGGUGGCAGAAAAGGUAGCCAGAAUGGGUUGGCCUGGAACAAGCAGGAAAGUAGAAUCUUGGGCAGAUCUAAAAAGUAUGCGCUAGUGGAUUUGCCUCAUGAUGCUAGACCUCUUUUAGUUUUCAUUAACACUAAAAGCGGAGCUCAAAAUGGUCCUGCUCUUAGAAGGAGAUUAAACAUGCUGUUGAAUCCUGUUCAGGUAUUUGAACUUGGUCAGUCCCAAGGACCUGAAGCUGGUUUAGAAUUAUUUAGUAACUUGCAAUACUUUCGGGUCUUGGUCUGUGGUGGUGAUGGGACUGUUGCUUGGGUCCUUGAUGCUAUUGAGCGGCAUAACUUUGAGUCACCUCCACCAGUAGCAGUUCUUCCUUUGGGAACUGGAAAUGAUUUGUCUAGAGUCCUGCAAUGGGGUGGUGGAUUUGCAAUGGUUGAAGGGCAAGGUGGAUUAAGACCCUUUCUGCACGAUUUGAACCAUGCUGCCGUUACAAUGCUUGAUCGUUGGAAAGUCAACAUAACUGAAGAAAAAUCUGCUCAUGACACCCCUAAGGUGCAAUCAAAGUUCAUGCUGAAUUACUUGGGUAUAGGAUGUGAUGCAAAGGUUGCAUAUGAAUUUCAUAUGAACAGGGAAGAAAACCCUGAGAAGUUUAAUAGUCAGUUUGUAAAUAAAUUGCGAUAU